CAAUCGUUUCCAGCCUCCAGGGGUUUAAUUCUCAUCUGUAAUAAGGCUUGGAUUUGCAGAUGGAUUUUGCAAAGCUGUGGUUAACCAUUAGAAAUCCUUUAUCACCUUGGACCUCACUCCCCCUUCUCAGAACCCCUUCCUCCCUCUCCAGGGGCAUCUCCUACUCCAAGGCUCUGCAAAAGAACAGCUCUGUUUUCUGGAUGCCUUCUUGAGCCUGCUUGUGGCCACCCACAGAGACUUGUAAGGAGGAGAGAAAUCAGCCUGGCAGACACUCUGAAAUGUGGGAUUAGAGACUGGAUCCAAGGACCAAGAACAACAGCCGUAAGAAGAAGAACAGGCCCUGAAGACACACUGCUUAGAGGUCUGCCAUGGUCUCUCUUAGCGUUCAACUUGUGGGCUACAUCCUAGGCCUUCUGGGACUGUUGGGCACAGUGAUUGCCAUGCUGCUCCCCAACUGGCGAACAAGUUCUUAUGUUGGUGCCAGCAUUGUGACAGCAGUCGGCUUCUCCAAGGGACUCUGGAUGGAAUGUGCUACACAUAGCACAGGCAUCACUCAGUGUGACAUCUACAGCACUCUUCUAGGCCUGCCUGCUGACACCCAGGCUGCCCAAGCCCUAAUGGUGACUUCCUGUGCAGUCUCCUCACUGGCCUGCAUUAUUUCUGUGGUGGGCAUGAGAUGCACAGUCUUCUACCAGGAAACCCGAGCUAAAGACAGAGUGGCAGUAGUGGGUGGAGUCUUACUCAUUGUUGGAGGCCUCCUAAGCUUCAUCCCUGUUGCCUGGAAUCUUCAUGGGAUUUUGCGGGACUUUUAUUCACCACUGGUGCCUGACAGCAUGAAAUACGAGAUUGGAGAAGCUAUUUACUUGGGUAUUAUAUCCUCUCUGUUCUCCCUGAUAGCUGGAAUUAUUCUCUGCUUUUCCUGCUCAUCCCAAGGAAAUCGUGCCAACUACUAUGAUGGCUACCAGGCCCAGCCUCUUGCCACUAGGAGUUCUCCAAGGCCUGGUCAAUCAUCCAAAGCCAAGAGUGAAUUCAACUCCUACAGCCUGACAGGGUAUGUGUGAAGAAUCAGGGGCAAGAGCUGGGGGGUGGGGGUGUCUGGAUCUGUGAGAACCAGUGUACAGCACCCCUAAGGCCAUGGGGUGAUGGACAUUACCACUGGAUUAUAUCAGAAAGUACUGCUGAGGAUAGACUGGCUUUGGCCACUGGAUCAAGUGAAGGCAGAAGCAGGAGCUGGUAUGACAGAACACAGGUUGAAUUUUCAAGGACGCUUGCAAACCAGCUUUUCUAUUUCUCUCACCUUGCCUCCAUACCUCCAUGCCUCCAUGCCCUGAGUUUUCAACCUUAAAUUCCAACUCACCCCCUACCUUAGGCCAGGCCCAAGAGGCUCCCUCCUGUCCCUUGGUUUGCCUGGGAAUCCAUUCCAAAACCCACUAAUCACAUCCUACUGACUGACUUUGAAACAAAGACUGUCCCUCUAGCUGAGGUUGGCUCAUACAUAGCUCAUUGUUGGGGGAUAGUGAAGAGGAGUGGUGGUUUAUAUGGGCAUGUCUCUAACCUCCUUCUCAAACUUCCCUCUAAAGAGACUGAUUGGUGAGUAAUAAGCCCCAGACCCUCUGUCCCACUCUUGUUAUGACUGCAGAUUGCCUAGACUGAUUGCCAUAUGAACUGAAAGAAAGCUAUCUCACAGUAUUCAAAGAACAAAACCUGGGUGCAGUAUGGGAGGAAAAGAAGGAAGCCUGGGAGUACAAAAUACCAAAACCAUUUCCCAAGGCACUUCUCAGGAUUUUCUCAUGCUUGUGGGCCAGGAAUCAAGCCCACAGCUAGAGGAAGGCACAAAGAAAGAAGAUAUGGAAAGUUCAAGACAGCGGCAGACUCUGACUUCACUGAGGAACUGCCUCAGCACUGCGGUUUCAACUUUCACUGAAGCCUCUGCCUCCGUCCGGGGUACCUGACAUGGCCUCCUGUCUAACCACAGGCUAUGGGCCCUUAAAGAAUGGUUUCCUUAGGAACAAUAAACCAGGCUUUCUAGAACUGGUCCUUGGUUUAGGAUGACAACACAGGAGCUAUGGGGGGCUGAAGAAGAUAUUACUGCUUGAGCUUAGUUAGGAGAAUGAGAACUUUUAUAUCUAAGAAGCUGAGCAGACAUUGUGCUGGCUUUAGGGGUGUUUCUACUGUGCCAAAGACAGACAGCCCACCAAAGAAUCUUCAGGCCUAAUGGAAAAUCAGCCUAAAAAGCAACACCCUGUGGGUCCCUUGUCAUCUUUCGUAUUUCCCUUAUGAUCCAUUAGAAGACACUCCAGAGGAGAACUGCAAUGUGGUUCAUCCAUACCCAUGGCCCUGUGUCCAUGAUCUGAGCAGUGGUAACUGAGCUGCUACCUGGAAUUGCAACUGAAGAAAGUACACAAUUUUUCCCAGGCAGACAGUCCCACCUCCAAGAUCUGAAAAUGCUCCAUUUCCCCUGGAGUAUGAGUACAGGUCAUAAAUAUUUGUCAUUUAUGUCAUUUAUUUGUCAGACUAAUAUGACUGGCUUCUGAAGAAAUCCUGUACUUCUCCUCAAACCUCAGUGCCAGCAAAAGGGGGGGCAUUCAUGGUCUCUAAAAUGCCUUAUUCUCCCAGCUAGAAACCCUUUCCCAUUAGCCAUGUCCUCCCGAAGCUUGGAGAACUUGCUCAGCAUCACCUCCUUCACUGAGCCUUCUCUGACCACUCUGUCCCUCUUACCCCUUCCUCCUCCAAGCCUCAAUGUAAAAAUUGCUUCUUUAUGCUUAUUGUUCACAAUUUUUAUUGAUAAUUCUGUGUGUGUGUGCGUAUGUCUGACCUCAAAAGUACAUUGUAAAUAUUGGAGGGCAGGGGCCAAGUUACACCUCUCUGUAUAUCCCAGACUAUCUGUAACAGUGCUGAACACACAAUAGGUGAUCAAUAAACACUUGUUGAUUGAGUAA